GCUUGGGCAAUGCGCCAGCAACGAUAUAACCCACCACGACCCUAUCACCAGACGUCUCGAGAAGCAACCCUACCAACACCGCAUCAAAUCGACUCAAUUCAACUCCACAUGUAUCCUCCACCAAAAACCGCAGCCUUCUGAGGUCCGUCCAUCUGCCGCUGCCAGACUGCCUUUGCAAAUCACCACUUCGAACACUUGGAUCAACUCCUUGCACAAGGUGCACAACCAUAGUGCAGUCGCUUCGACAUCUGGAAUAGUGCCACGACUGCUGUGCUACUACUGUUCUACACCUCGUAUCAACUCUAUCAAGCACUGCUAUCCAGCAUCCGUUGCCCACCAUGCGAUACAACCUUAUCCAGAUGAUCCUGCGCAGCGUCGCUCUGCUCAUGACGCUCCUCCUAACGGCUCUCAUCGGCAACGUCAUGGCGUCAAAUAUUGACGCCGCAGGUUCUGCAACGGCUGCCGUCAACUUUAUCAUGUUUAUCGCAGUUGUCUGCUGGGUCGUUUGCAUCGUCGGCCUUCUCGCUUUCUUUGUCUCAGCUCUCGACAAACCACUUAUGCAGCUACCGUUGGAUGGCAUAGCUGUUCUUUUCACGUUCAUCGGUGCUAUUGUUCUUGCAGCAAAGCUGCGUGUCGUCAACUGCGGAGAUAUUAACCCCAAAGCUCUGCCUGGAGACUGGAUCGCCUGGGGCUCAGCGAGUGAUGAGGGACGGUGCCGUCGACUACAAGCAAGCACUGUCUUCAUAUGGUUCCUGUUCGCCUGCGUGUCUGGAAGUCUCUUUUUGACCAUCAGAACUGCACGCAAUCAGUACGGCUCGCUUCGCAGUGCCGCUUCACGGCCAUCAAUGUCUCAGAUUUCUUCAAGCGUCUGAUGAGCCGUAAGCACAUCAGAGAACCAUAAUAUAACGGCUCAGCUGCGUACAAGGGUCCCGGUCAUGAUCACGUUGGCUGUUUGCUCUAGUACCAUCAGCGCAAGCGUCAUGACCACAAACUCUGUGGAACACUGUGUAUGUGUUUCCUUUAGCCCCGUUACACCAGAACCGCCCGAGGGCAUCACCAACUCUCGAGUACCGGUAUCAAGUUGCAUUAGGACAUAGAGAGCGUUCAACAUUAAGGAUUAUUAUACCAGGAUUGUUAGAUGUAUUUGUCUUUUGGAAGGGGAGUUGGGAUGGGUAGUUCAUUCAGAACAGGUGUUGGAUGAAGGGUAAUGAUCAUGCAGUGAAUGAAACUUUAAUAUAAGGACGGUUUUGGUUUUCAAGAUUUC